CACCGAUGGUGGUGAGGGUAUGGUGGUGCCCAUCCCAACCGGGGGCCGCGGCUCGUCACAACCAUUGGGAGCUGGGCCUCCCGCCGGCGGCGAAGCAACAGCUGGUCUUUCCGGAGACGCCAACUCGCAAACCAGUGAAAUCGUCCUCACUAAUUAUGGGGGUGAUGUGCCUCCCCUCCUCACUCAAAGCCCAGUCCCCCUGGCGUCGGUACCAGGGGCUACAGCCGGCGGCACAGCCACGGAUGGGCUCUCCAGUGGAGGUUCUCAGCCUGGAUCUGCCGCCGACGAAGAUGAGGUUAUGGCUUCUAUCUUGGCCGCAGGCCCGGAACUCCCACAACAAGCCUCAGAACCUGGGCCAAUCUCCGACGGCGGGGCAGUAGCACCCGGAUUCCCCAUUCCCAGGAGCUCUCAGACCGAGCCCGUCACCGAUGGCGAUGGCGAUGGCAGCGAGGGCAUACCACCUACCACCCCGGCCGGCGGCGGCCCGGCCCCCUCAGGAGCCAUGGUAUCCGGCACGGCGGCCCCAGGCGAGCCCGCCGCCCCGCCCUCCGACAUCUUCGUCAUCCAGCUCGGCCCAGCAGCAGGCGCAGGCGAGGGUGCGGCCGCGGCCGUAUCAUCCGCAUCUAUCGGGCGGGAUAGCCGUGGCGCCGCAGGGGGGGCCCGCCCCCUGGGCCGCCGACAGGACCACGGCGGCAAUAGUGAGUACCUCAUGGACGCCGGCAUGGAGCGGUCAGGCGACUGCUCGCAGGCGGCGCGGUUCGAGAUCGUCGACGGCGAGCUCACGCGGGGCGGGCAGAAGGUGUCGACCUCGGGCGAGGCGCAGCAGGCGCAGCGCCUGGCUGUUGACCCUGUCGUCGGCCCCGUCACCCGGUCGUGGGUCAUCGUGGGCGGGGAGCUGCUCUGGCUCAACGAGUCGUUUGCCGGCGGGCGGGCCGGGUUCUGCGAGGACGAGGGCACCCGCGCCGUGUUCUUCACCACUGGGGGGGAGGGGGAGGGGGAGGGCGGCGGGCCUGUUGGGUGCGUGCCUAUGCACCUGACUCCGAUGUUUGUGGCCGAUUGUCCUGGUCUCAACCCCGAUGGGGACAGCAGGGACCUCCUCCCGGCUGAGGAGACGUUGAUACUGCCCCCGGGUGUUUAUUUUCCGGGCAGAAACCCGAAGAACGGGGUGUGUAAGGUAACCACGGCGUACUGGACGGUGGGCCAGUUCACACUCGCCCCUGCUGCCACGGGCAUGAGCCGUAGGCUGUGAUAAGGCGGGUCCAAGGGGUAAGAGGAAGAGGAUGGGAGCAAAGCAAAGUGCGUCUUGCUGCAUGGCAAGCAACAUUUCACGCCAUUCAUACAACGUCAGACACCAAUUGAGGGUGAGAGCGCCCAGGAAAUGCGAC